GCACGAUGGCGCGCUUUGCCGCGAGAAAGAGCCCGCGUGGCGCGCCGUGUCGCGCCGGCAGUGUGCGGACGUGACGGUCGCACGGGAGGAUGACGGUUCGAUCCGGCGGCAGCUGCGUGGGCGCCAAGCUGGUAAAGCUGACACGUGCGAGACGGUAACCAGAGAGUUUGAGCCAGGAUGCGUCUCACGGCGUCACGACUGCGAGGCGUCCCCCCGGCCGUCGCUUUGCUCCUCUCCCUGUGUCUCGGCUUCCCGCCCCGGGCGCUGCCUUGCCCGCCUCGCUGCCUGUGUGCCAGCGAUAUUAUUUGCUGCAGUGCUAGCAAUCUGUCAGCGCCGCCCUCAUACAUCCCCGGCUACACCGCGCGCCUAGACCUGAGCCACAACUCCCUCGCCACGCUGCCCGCCGGUUGGACGAACGGGACGUUGGAGCGGCUGGCCACGCUGAUCCUCUGCCGCAAUCUGAUCGAGGGCAUCGAGGCGAACGCCUUCGCCGGCACGCCGCGUCUCCUCCACUUGGACUUGUCGUCCAACAAGCUGUCAGCUCUCGACACGUCCAUGUUUGCCGGACUCAAGGAUCUAAGGGAGCUGCUACUGUUUGGCAACCAGAUUGUCCACAUCCCUCCCGACUCCUUCAGUGGACUCCCGAGCAUGGUCAAGCUCUACCUGUCUGGAAACCAUCUGACGUCACUUCCUGUAGGUCUCAUGGACCUCAACUGGACCUUCCUGGACCUGUCCUCCAACAGGCUCUCCGGUGUCCACGUCCACGCGCUGCUCUCUCGGAGCCGACGUGGCGAGAUCUAUUUGCAAGGGAACCCGCUGGUGUGCGACUGCGCUUUGCUGGCUUUGCUGGAGUACUGGACGUGGACACGGUAUCGUCCGAUGAUGGACUUUCGAGACGAAUACCCGUGCGGCGCCUCGACGCUAAACUGCAGCCUGGAUGGCGACUCGGUCGAGGGCGGAAGCUACCAGGUGGAUCCUGGGAAGUGGUUGUGGUUGUCGUGUCCCGGCUUUGCGCCGCUUCCUAUGAAGGAUGCGGUCGUGUUCUGGGUGACGCCCACGACCGUGGUCAAUUCAUCAACGCAGGACCCCCACGCUCGCCUCGCCAUCCUCCCUAACGGAAGCCUGGAGAUACGAGGCGCUCUGAUAGAGGAUUCCGGCUCCUAUGCGUGCGUAGCGGCUCGUGGGCGUGACUAUGACCCCGACGUGGUCCUUGGAAGUACGAGCGGCGUCGUUUCCGGCGGCUCGGUUUACCGCAGCGGGACUGAGCACUUCAACACGGCGUUCACCACCCUGGCUUCCUGUGUGGUCAGCAUCGUCCUAGUGUUGCUCUACCUGUACCUGACGCCGUGUCGGUGCACGGGAAACAGGGGCGGGGCAUCGAGAGGGUGCGGCGGGCGAGCUAUGAUGCUCUGCUCCGACCCCAGAGAAGUAGAGUCGGGACAGAGGAGGUCUAACGGGAAACGGGUGGCGUUCUUGGAGCCCCAAGCGGAGGACGCCGAUACCGGUGGUGCGAAAUCCCCGGUAACGAGUCACGUGGCCACGGAGGGCAUUCUUAAAAACGGAAGCAGGACCGUGGGACAGACCCUCACAGACACGACCCUUGUGGCGUAACGCCAUAAAAAACUGUAUCACUAAAAACGUAGUCUGCAUUUCACUUAUAUUACGUCGGAAUCUGGGAUGUAACGAUAAACCCUAUUCAUGUUAGCUGCGGUGAAACUCUCAACAGUUAGUAUUACCGUUUUUAUUUCAAACGAUAGAAAAACCGUGACUGAUAAUCGCACUUUGAUAAAUUUGCAGAUCGACUGGCGCUAGCUCACUAGCUUAAAUGCUAACAUGCCAACAUCUAAGACACGGGUUCCCAAACUUGUUCCACUGAGGGCCACAGACUGACAAAUCAAAGGAUGCGGGGGCCAUUUUGGUAGUUUUCACCUAAAAAUUUUUUAUUUUUGAAGAAUUAGAAGAUGCAACCUCAUUUCAAAGCCAAAGCCGAACUGAUAUGCUAACUGUUAGCACGCUGGGCAGAUAGUGUCGAGUAACAAAAGAAUAGGAGCAAAAUGGCAUGCUUACAGUUAGCAUUAAACAGCUACUAGGUUAACUAAAAUAGCUAGCAUGCUAUUGUUAGCAUAUAUCAAGUGACUGAGGUGUAUACCUACAAAAUUAGCAUACUAAUGUUAGCAUGUUAACAGGUA